ACAGGAAGUGAAACAAUCGUAAAUUUCUACUCAGUUGUUGCAAAAUUUUGCAAAGCCCUUUGUUUUAUUUGUUAUAUCGGUGUAUCAAAGCCUUGUAUGCAUAAAUGGCGGGCAAAAAACCGCUUAAAGACGGGUUUUACCGGGUGGAGUUGAAUAAAACCGACUGGGUGGUUCCAAAUCGUUACCAAUGCUUAACACCGGUUGGUGUUGGGGCCUAUGGACAAGUUUGCUCUGCACUUGAUACAAAAACUAACAGGAAGGUAGCAAUAAAGAAACUGUCCAGGCCGUUCCAGUCGGCCAUUCAUGCCAAAAGAACAUACAGAGAAAUAAGAAUGUUAAAGCAUAUGGUGCACGAAAAUGUAAUCGGCCUUCUAGAUGUGUUUACACCUACAGAAACAUUUGAUGAGUUCGAUGAAGUUUACCUGGCCACAGCUCUGAUGGGCGCGGAUAUGAACAAUAUAAUCAAAACACAGAGACUCAGUGAUGAUCAUGUACAGUUUCUAAUAUAUCAGGUUCUACGUGCAAUGAAGUAUAUCCAUUCUGCUGGCAUUAUUCAUAGAGAUUUAAAACCAAGCAAUAUAGCAGUGAAUGAAGACUGUGAACUGAAGAUAUUAGACUUUGGCCUGGCGCGACACACAGAUGACCAAAUGACAGGUUACGUGGCCACAAGAUGGUACCGCGCUCCGGAGAUUAUGUUGAACUGGAUGCAUUAUAAUCAAACAGUGGAUGUGUGGUCAAUAGGCUGCAUUAUGGCGGAGAUGCUGACUGGACGACCGCUUUUUCCUGGCACUGAUCAUAUUGAUCAACUUACAAAAAUACUAACUCUUGCGGGCUCGCCAAAUGAACGACUUCUUUCCAAGAUCAGUAGCGAGGAGGCGAGAAAUUAUAUUCAGCAACUGCCAAAGUGGGAAAAGAAAGAUUUCAAGAAAGUUUUUGAAGGAGCAAAUCCAAUGGCCAUAGAUCUGUUGGAGAGAAUGCUGGACCUGGACGCAGACACGCGCAUUACAGCCGAGCAGGCACUCGCCCACCCGUACCUUAGCCAAUAUGCCGAUCCUUCUGACGAACCCACUGCGCCAAAAUAUGACGAGUCCUUCGAGUCAAUGGAGUAUUCUAUACCUGAAUGGAGAAAGCUAGUCUACGAAGAAGUGAUUUCCUUUGUUCAACCUGCUGGGGAGGGCAUGGAAACUGCAUAAAAUUUUGUUCAGUUCAAACAGUAGCAGUCAGCAAUUAGUAGAGUAGCAGACAACAAUUUCUGGAGUAGCAGACAACAGUUACUAGAGAAUGCUGCUGAUAGUGUUUCAUCUGAAUGUUAUUUUUCUGUGCAAAUGUGUAAGAUGCCAUAUCUUGACAAAAUAAGGUAUCUGGUCUACAAUUAGUUGAAUUUUGGAUGCAUGCGGCCUGGACAUAUUGGUUUGGUCAAUGGUUUGUUAUGAAAAGAAAGAAAAUGAAAAAAAACUAGACUAUAAAAUAUUUCUAACAACCUUUUUAUGUUGAAAGAUUGCAAAAUUGACCAGUUGAUGUCUGAUGUCAUUUGAAAUAAAGAACAAAAACAUUAAUCAUUAUCAAUUAUGUUAAUUUUCUUCGGUCAAUAUUUUUUACAUACCGUAUUAGAAUUAAGUAAGAAAACGCCUUUCAAAUGAUACCAAUAUUAUAUGGGGACACCAGGCAUAAACAUUUAACAUAACGAUCAAUUACAUGAUCAAACAAAACUCGCAUUGUGCAUCAGAUACCUUAAGUCAAUAUCUAUGAAAAUGUAUAAACAGGCUAUAACACUGUUGUCAGAGUGCUAUACCUCAAUGAAAAUUGAUUCUAACUGUGAGAAUGAUUUCUACUGUGAAAAUGGUUGAUGGUAGAGGAGUACGAGUUCUGUUACUUAGCUUUAAAGAGUGCCACAUAAUUUUUAGAACUGCAUAUGCAUAAUUGUAUAGUUUUUCAUUGAUAGGGAAUUAUCAUCAAAUGGAAUACUGGAAUGUUCGUAGUAUAUGUUAGUUUCAACAUAAAGGUGCUAAAAAUUAUAAAAUUAAAAAAAAAGAUACACUCUUUCAUUUUGUGUUAGUGAGAUUGCGAGGUAAAUGUUCCAAUUAUUAAAUAUAGUUGUUCUUGUAAUGAAGUUGUUAAUGAUAGAUCAAGCUGUACAAAGUCAUUAUGUUUGAGAUAUUUAUGAAAAAGCCAAUGUUUUUCACUAUUCAUUGUAGAUUACAAUAUGGUUAAAACAUUUCUGAUUUCUUAAAAAAAUAAAAUUGUAUUGUGCUAUUUUUUUACUAUUGUUUGUAGAAAUAGAAAACUUAAUUGUUCAUUUAAAUUCUGCAUCAUUUUUUUAAAUAUAUUUUAUACACCUGUUUAACAAAUUGGACUUAUUAUGGAAAUACCCAUUUUGGUCAGACAGAGUCAGUAAAGUUGUCCGCUUACACAUCCAUUAUUUCAUUUAAUGAUUACCAAACUUGGUGGAAAUAUUUUAUAAGCAUAAUAUCGGACAAAAUUCACCUAUAUAAUGUUCCAAAUCUUGAAUAGAAAUUGAUAACAAAGUGUGCUGACAUUUUAUCUCAGUUAAGUUUGAUAUCGUCAUCUUUGAAUUGUCUGUAAUUGAUUUUGAUGGCAUCAUUUACAGGUGUAAUUCUCCACUCUUAUUGAUUUAGAUAGCGGCCAUAAUUGAGUUUCUAACACUCUUGUUUCAGACACUCUUGUGUCAACUAUUAUGAAAAUGUAUAAAAAUUACAUUAUUACAUAAAUGUGUAGAAUGUAAUUUUUUCAUCCUAAAAAAAAAUCAUUGAGAUUUAGGACGUCAUUUCUUACUGUCAAAAUAUAAAAUACUUACAAAAUUAUCUCACACUUCUAUGACUAUUUUCUUGAUAUCAUCUGUAAUUUGAUCACCUCUUGAAUACUGAUCAAUGAUCAUUAUGACAUUAUGAUAUAAUUUCUGCAAAGUUUGUCAGAAUUAUAUAUUUCCUUACAUCCGAUGCUAUAUACAAAUCAUAACUUUGUUUUGUAUUUUCAUUUGACAUUCGCAUAAUUUGACAAAUUAUUUGUUUGGACACUUGUUAAGGAUUACCUCACUUUACUGUUAUUUCAUUUUUUAUACUAGUUUAAUCUGGCACCAGAUUCGAAACUACUUAAGCAUAGCAGGUUUAAGUAUCUUAUAUUAUUGAGCGAAAUUACUUCCUAAUGCUGGAUCUUACAUAACAAAAAGCAGUUACGGUUAUCGAAACUUCUCAUAUAAGUUUCUUUAAAAAUCUCAAAAUUCUUUUAAAUGGGAAAUUUCUACGAUUAAGGCAGUGUUGUUUGUUUACACUGUGACACAUGAUUGUAAUAGUUAGCUAAAGGUGUUGGCACAUAAUGCUUGUGUAAUUAAUAUUCCAUGGUUUACAAUAACCUUUGCCUUUUUCAUGAUUCAAUAAAAUUCACAAGUCAAGACAAAAAACUAAUUUUCACAUUUUUUCACUGCGUCCAAUCUAUGGUAUUACGUUUUUUACCUGUUUUGUUUUGUCUGUGUCCUAAUAAACGUAGCGUUCUAGACCCAGGGUAUUUUGGUAAACAGAAACGAACAUAGUGAGCUUAGCUUGAUCCUGUAACAAGGGACUUGAGUGUGUUCCAGAAAUUUGGACCUCAAGGUUCAUUGCUUUAACUUUUAGCUUUCAAGUUGUUACACUGGUGGACUGUUUGCAGAGAGCUUUCCUUGUCUAGAAUUUUGCUGCAUCACGGAAAGCACUUUUUUUUAUUCUAAUCUUUGCAUUAAAAAUCUGCAUCUAAAAUGAACUUUAAAAACCAUAUUCAUGGAUUUUCAGGAGGUGUAGCCUAAUCUUUACGUCUUUUUUUUGUUUGUCAAUUUUGUCACCAAAGGUGCUUUUUAAAACACAUGAUGUGAAGUUAUUGCCUAGUAAGGAGGGCUCUCAUGUGGUACUGCAUUCUGCCUACAAAACUCUAGCUACACUUAGUAGGCUUUACGCUGGUUCCUUGAACUGCUUGUUGUGAAGUUUGUUAACAUACCCAUCUGAAGUACACAACAUAGUUCUAAAUGGAAUCUGUAUAUAAUAUUUCUGUAGAACAUUCGUGUAAUGGGAUUUAGUUCAUGCCAAUCUAUUGAAAUACUUAAAAUGGCACUUAAAAUUUAGAUGCUUGAUAAUUACCUUCUAUAAUUAUGAAUAUAUUGAAUCGAAGUCCAGAUACAGUUGUUUGACCAGGGUUAUUACAUGACCAGUUUACCUCUUAAAUGGUUUAACAGUUAUGAAUAAUUAUAACAGGGUGAUUCAACAUCAUGUCAGUUGGUUUUCUGACAUAUUACUUACAAAGAAUUUUUUGUUUCCAUUUUUUUAAUCUUAAUAUUUCUAAUAUGUAUUUUUUUGAUACCUUGACCUGUCAUAUUUACAUGCCCAUAGUUUUUGUAAAUUUAAUUGAAAUAGUCUUUCUAUUUUCAGAAGUGUUUUUUUUUUUUCAAAAUCGUGUAAUAAAACAGUCUAGACUUUUUUUCGGGAAUACCCAACAUUUUCUUGAUUCCGCCGAAUUAAAGAUUAGGAUAAGAGUUGAGAAUGUUAUUGUCCGUGUUCAGGGAUAAUCUAUUCAUCACAAAGCAAUAUUUGUGUCAUUAUCAUGAUGUAUGCAUAUUCAUGUGUAUUAAAACCCUUUUCUUCAUAGAUAUGCCUUUUAACUUUUGUAUACAAAGCAUCAUGAAGAUGCAUUUUUACUUUAGAGAUAUAUUACAAGGGAAUUAACUAGGGGUGCCUGAUGUGGCCACUUCUCUAUGAAAGAAAGGGUUAAAGCCGUCUGGAAGGUUUCUACUGCCUUGUUGGUUAAGUUUACUUUUUAAGUUUUAGCUUACCUGUUUUCCAAAGAAAAAAUGUUCAGUUAUUGUUGCAGCCUUGGUGUCUCUGUGUGGUCUUCUCAAAGCCAAUGUUCUAACCUUGGCAAAAACUAAAUAAAUCAAUUUAGAUACUGUGAAAUCAUUAAUGUUCGUGGGGCAUUAAUGUUCGUGGUUUUCGUGGGUUAGGUGAUCCACGAAUUCAAGAUCCCACGAAAUAUAAACCCUUUAUUCACUUUUUCAAUUGCCUUGUUACGUACAUACUCUAGUAUAUUAUUUACAGAGGUCGCAGUAUACAGUGUUAAAACCUGUCUCACUGUAUAACUUACGAUCAUUAUUCUGUUAAUAUAUUAUAACUGCCUUUAUCAAAUAAUGAACCAAAUCAAUUUAAUGUGUUUUAUGCAGCAAAUGACAGUUAUAAGCACGUGUGCUGUUAAUGAAAAUCUCCAAGUUUACAAGAUGUGCGUGAUGAGUGUCUGUACUCGAUUUUUUUAUUUAAUGAUAUAAUUAAUCGAUUACUAGUACAUUGAAGGUUACUAAGCACCGAACGUGACAAUAUACGCACCUUUUCGGUGUUUUCACAGUUUGCAAAAUUCUUAAUUAGCAUUAAAUGGCUUCCCCUAUCUGUAUUUAUGAUCAGGGUACAUCUUCUUUUAUUACCUUUAUUCCCAAUUAAAUCGAUAAGUGACAUGGGUAUAUGCACUAAUUGGCAUGUCGUACCACAUUAGCGAGUGUCAUAAACCGAGUGACGUAGAAGACGGAAAUCACGGGCCAGCGCGUGGAUAUUAUGCAGACGAUCUAGGACGAUCGCAUCUUCGAUUUUUUUUUUUCAAAAAUGAAAAUCCACGAAUUUAAGUACCCACGAAAUUGUUUUUUUUUCGGCAAACCACGAAAUUUCAUGCCCACGAACAUUUAUGAUUUCACAGUAUUCCAAUGAAACUUGGAACUCAUGUUGCCAGAGGCAAUACUUAUAUGGUUAGCAAGACCGAAAACUUAAGCUUUUAUAAUUGAAGAGUUUCGCCCUUGGGUGGACAGUUAAAACAACAGACCAGUGUUGAUGUUCUCUGUGGGGUCCACUUGUUCGUACUUCAUUUCACUUGGAUUUUUUCAAUUCUUAUCAGUUUAUUUGGCAUUUUUGCUAACAUAUCAUUUCUUGACUGUUCAAAAAUGUCUUUCUCUUUGUGUAAAUGCUUGUAGAAUGGGUUUUAACAUUUUAUGACAUGUUGAUUUUUUAUGAUUUUUUGUAUCAUUUGUAUUUUUUGUAUCAUUUGUUUUUCAAUGGCAUUAGGCUAUAUGGUUUCUUCUCGUAUACCUGCGAAUAAUUUAUCAUACAAUGUUAAGCCUGUUUAAUACAGCUCAACUGAAUAAUUAAUGUUUAGCAUUAUAACAAAAAUGAUAAUGUAAUCAUUUAUGUUUUAUAUUCAGUUAAAUCUGGUUAUGAAGAUUAUGCCUUAAGGGUUCUGACUGUUCAAGCCUGAUUUAUUUAAGAUUUAUCAAGAAAUUAGCCUAAGUACAUAUAUUUCAAAUAUUUGGUUAAUUAACUCAACUGCAGGUAGCUUAUUUUGACUUUACUUUAUCAAGUUUUAUAUAAUAGAAGUUCUUAGAGGACAAUAUCAUUCCUCUUUCCAUGUGAUAGUGUACCUGGUAUUUAAAUGAUGAUAUGUUUUUUGGGUUUUAUGCAAAACAUUUUGAUACAUUCAAUUUUUGGUGUGUAAGAUCAGUCUUAUUGAUACAUGUAGUGCUAAAUUAGUUGUGAAAAAUCUGGCAGCUAAGAAUAAAAUAAUGUAUAAAAUGAUAAAGACUUUAUGAUUAAUCAUUAGGUAAACAGACUUUAAAUGUGCCUGUCCGAUUGUAAAAUUCUGUGUAAUACUCAGCUGCAGAUAGCUAUUUGUUUAAAGUUAAUCGUACGUACAUAAGUAUUUUUGUAAUGUGUAAUGUUUACAUUGGCUUCAAUCAAUCAAGUGUAAUGACGAUUGUUAAUUUGACUGGCACAUUAAAGAUGAAACAUACAUGUAUUUUUCCUAUACCAUAGGCUAGAUUCUGAUCGUAGAACUUUUCUUAUUUAAAAACACUGGACAUUACAGAUUUACAUUUGCACAAUAAACCACAACACUCCAAACAAAAUCAAAAGUGGUAGCAUUUUCCAAAAUUCGAAAUGAUAGUUCACCUUUGAUUUGGUCAGAACAGUGGAUCCUGAAAUGGUUGUAAUUUGACUGUAGUAAUGAUACACCCUUAUAACAAUUGGUAUUCAUACUGAUGUAAACAAUUGCUUUGACUUUGGAUUGUAAUUGGUUCAUUUUAAAGCCAAUUUACCCAUUAUGUCCCUUUAUGUAGCUCUGACUGUAUUAUACAGUAUAGGUUUACCAAACUGGUGCCAACAUUACUUAAUGAUGUGGUAGCACACUGAUGUAUGACAUUUUAUGAUAAAAAUAAUCACAUUUUUUUUCAAAACUUACCAAAUCACAAUAUAAAAUCAUAUAUUACAUAUCUUAUUUGUCAGAGCAAGUAGUAUGACAACGUGUACAGCGUCAAGCAGAAAUGAGUCGGCUAUCCUUGGCAUCCAAUCAAAUAUGUUUUACAGAAGAAAGAAACAUAAUACCGUUGCCUGGAAAAAAAGAGCAACAUUGCGCCAUAGGCAAUGCCAUUCUUUUUAAGAUAAAAAACUUGAUAUUUGUUACUUAUAUCAUUUUUACGGUAAGACUUAUUUCUGCGGGUUGCCACUCAUGUCCAGUUUUGUAAGUGGUACGGAAUAUAUCCAUAUUUGGUUACUGUAAUUGACUAAAAGAAAAUAUCACUGUACACACAAAAGCAAUUAAUGUAUAUAACAUAUAUUCUUAGCUCCACUGGCCUCGGGCCAGAAGAGUUUCUACAAUGGCAUGUUGUCCAGCGUCAGUAAACAGUUGCUUGUGAAUGGGAUACACUCUUCAAUCUUGAUUGCAUCUCAAUUAAACUUAUACAGUAGGUAGAUAUCCAUAUGUGCUUGGUUCCAUUUGUUAAACCAGCCAGAUUUGCCCAUGCAUGACUGGAUUAUGGCCCUCAAAAUGUUGCAGCCCUAGCGAAAGUAUACUCUAAGGGAGGCAACUUUUACAGAGUUGUGUUUUCUAGUUUUUAUCUCCCUUUGGCCCUUGUAAACCAUUUUGUUCACUGAUAACUUAACAUUGAAAGCAGGUUCAGUAAAUUGCCUAUUAGUAGUAUUUACAUGCUAAAGAUAAAAAUUAUCAAAAAUGUCAUGCCAGUAGGCCCUCAUGGUUGGCUCCAGCCUCUUAAUUUUGAAUUUUACAUGUUUGUAUCCAAGAAUUGGUAAUUCAUCUUCACAAUAUAAUCUACAUGUGUUUAUGUGAAACAAUCUAAAGGCAUUGUUUAAAGAGAUUAUGAUAAAAUUAUGUCACACGUAGCGCUGUAUUUCGUGCUAGGUGUAUCACAUAUCUCAUCUCAUCAAUCUGUUAGUUCAUCAUCUUGUAGUAAAGUUUGCAUUUCUGCUUCAGGAAAAUAUCAUUUAAUGAUGCAUGAUUUUGUUUUGGUAUGUACAUGUUUGCUUUGUUAGUUAGGCUAAGAUGAGAUAAUAUCUAGUUUGUCAGGCAAAUUCUUUUUUAAAUAAGCAUGGAUUUUAUUCAACUUCACUUAUUGUUUUCAUUAGGUAUUGAUUUUUUUACUUAUUCAUUUUUGAAUGUUGAAUAUAAGUAAAGGUGACUUUUGUAAGUUAUUCUAUAUAUAAUAAUAGUCGUUCAUCAAGUAUAAACAUUUCUAAAUAUGUUGUCUUAAGUUAAUAACUUUGGAGUAAAACUGUUGUAAAAUUUUAUUUUAAGAAUUAAGAAUAAUGGAAAAUUUAAUUUUUAAGAAUUAAAAAAUAAUGGAAAAUUUUAUUUUUAGAAUGAAAAAUAAUGAUAGCUCCAGUAGAAGUAUUUUUAAAAAAAAGAAGCGUGCCUGAAAAACUAAAAAUUAUGUUUGUAAGGCCUUAGUUUGGAAUGAAUCAUAGAGCUAUAUCUGAAAGAUGCUGUUCAUUACUUAUUCACACCAUGCUCUAGUGAUUUGUCCAAAAAAAAUCUGUAGUUUGUCAAUAUUUCCUGGUUUGGAAAACUGGAGGGUAUUAAAUGUUGAAACAUAUGACUAUAAACACUUUCAUCUAAUAAAUGAUAUAAGAUUAUUGCGGAUACUUUUUUUAGCGACAUUUUGUAUGAAGGUUGCCAUUUCGAAAAAUUAUUUUUGUUUUCAUCAGUCAAAAUUUUGUUUUGUAAAUGCAGCAACUGACAUCAUCCGUGAUAUGUAGAUUGGUUGUGUACAUUUUAAUUUGAUAGGCAAUUAAUUCAUCUGUCUUUGAAGUUUAAAAAAAGCCGAUUGCAUUUGCAGUCAUAGUGCAUCUACAUCACAACUCGAAGUCACCUUAAUCAUACAAGUCUUUGAAAUCAGUUAGCACAUGUUAAAGACUGUUCAUAUGUAGUGAUUUAUUAAUAUCUCUAUUUGUAUUUCCAAAUCAUUCAAUGUUGUAUGUUUUGUAUAAAAGCAAUAGUUUAUUUGUUGUUACCAAUUUAGUGUAGAUUUAUAUAACUUAGGUAAAUAAUCCAUGUUAUGCAAUUAUAAUGUAUCUUCAUUCAAUGUAAAUUCCAUGCAUAAGUAAAUAAACAUUUAAAUGUAA